ACAUAUUUUAUUUUUUAUAAUAUACAAGAAGUUUUCAUGGCUUUUCAUUAUUUCAAUCCAGAUAUGCAAAUCAUUAUUCCACAAUUCUCUCUAUUAAACACUGACACAAAUUUGAAUUUUCAUAACCAAUUUCCAGAACAAAAUUACUUGAAUACCACUUCCCUGGAAAUGUCUAAUUUCAAUUUUCAUAAACAUUCUGAUGAACAUAUUUUCAACCAAACCCCUGAAUUUCCGAUACGUUUAAUAGAAAAUUUCCAACAAGAUAUGUUCAAUCUUUCAGUACCAGCUAGAAAUGAUAUAAAUGAAAGAAAGAAAAGGAAAACAAUUGAAACCCCAGAAAGUAGCUCUGCUUACUCAUCCCCUGCAGUUUCUUCAAGAAGAAAAACAAGCAAAGGAAGAGGAAAGAGAGUAAAAAGUGAUGAUAAUGAAGAAGAGAAACUAAGGCAAGUGGUGCAUGUAAGAGCUAAGAGAGGCCAAGCAACUGAUAGUCACAGUUUAGCAGAAAGGGUUAGAAGAGGAAAAAUUAAUGAAAGACUUAGGUGUUUACAAGACAUUGUUCCAGGAUGCUACAAGUCUAUGGGCAUGGCAGUAAUGCUUGAUGAAAUAAUUAACUAUGUGCAAUCUUUGCAAAAUCAAGUUGAGUUCCUCUCAAUGAAGCUAUCUGCAGCUAGCGCAUAUUAUGACUUCAACUCAGAGACAGACAUUUUGGAGACAAUGCAGAGAGCAAAGGCAUAUGAAGCACACAUGAUGCAGAAGCUAAAGAAAGAAGAAUGUGAAGGGGUGGGUUCUAAUCAAGUUGGUCCUUUAAUUGACCACACUUUUGGUUGCUAUCCCAAGUUGUCUUACAACACCUAAAGAUUCAUUCAACAGUUUUUCC